AUGAAUAUUAUUGAAAAAAACAUGGGAGAAAAAUAUUCUGAAUAUAUUACAAAUCUAUAUCUUGAGGGAUUACAAUAAAAGGAAAUGAAGAUUCCAGAUUUCAUGCAAUAUCAUAUUUAUCAAGAGUAAAUUUGAAAUUGAUCAGAUUUAAAACUAAAUCUAUGGUCGUAAUUAUUGAUUCCAAAAUGGUUCUCCAAAAAUCAUCGGAAUCAAGGGAAUACAAAUUCAUUGAUUUUAUGGUAGAUGAUAAAAGAAUAUUUGUUCACCUGAAUCCUUUACCUUAAUACGAUAGUAAAGGGGAUCCAAAACUUGAUCAAUAUUAGUAAAUAGCUCAUUUUCUAUUUAAAGUUAAUAGAGAAGAAAACAGUACCCUCAUGAUUUAUUUGAUUAAAAUUCGAGUUAACAUUCAGAAUGGCACAAAUAAUUUGAAUAUAAAUAUAAUUAUGAAAAGUGAACAUUAAAUAUUAUCAUUGACUAAAAGAGAAGAAUUUUGA